AGGCUCACCACUCUUGUCUGUGCGCUUGUUCUCAGGCUACGUGCAGGCUUGCCGAGCCCUGAUGAUUGCAGCCUCUGUCCUGGGUCUCCCGGCCAUUCUCCUGCUGCUGACCGUCCUCCCCUGCAUCCGAAUGGGCCACGAGCCUGGCGUGGCCAAGUACCGGCGGGCGCAGCUGGCUGGUGUCUUGCUCAUUCUGCUGGCUCUCUGUGCCAUCGUUGCCACCAUCUGGUUCCCUGUGUGUGCCCACCGUGAGACCACCAUCGUGAGCUUUGGCUACUCCCUCUACGCGGGCUGGAUCGGAGCGGUGCUGUGCCUCGUGGGGGGCUGUGUCAUCGUCUGCUGCUCGGGGGAUGCUCAGUCGUUUGGUGAAAACCGUUUCUACUACUCUUCGGGCUCCAGCUCCCCGACUCAUGCCAAGAGUGCUCACGUCUAGGCGCGCUGCCAGGCUGCCCACGGAGGUGCUGCAGCUCCUGGGCUGACUGCCCUCGGUUUGCUUGCCACAGUGGGGGAGAAAGCCCACGCUCCUGCCAGACUCCAAAGCCCACAGUUGGGGAAGCAGCCUGGCAUUUUGUUGUCUUACCCUCCCACUCCUUCCCGGGUUGGUUGCCUUGAAAGACAUCGCUUGCUUGGAGGGUGGCCACACAUUUUCCUUCUGGGUUUGGCCCCUGUUAGCCCUUUUCCUGGGCAUGCCUUUGUUUUUCAUUUCAAAAAAAUAUAUUUUAUUUCUCCCUG